AUGCAGGUGUCACAGUACUUCGGUAUCGCUGCAGUCGUCGUCCUCUUCGUUUAUAUCAUCGCCAAGAUAUUUCAAGGAAAAGAAAAGAAGCGAUCUGCAAGGCCUGGAACGGUAGUUCUACACCAGUUUCCUCCUUCCGAGCUCUGUGUUUCGGGGGGCUCUCCGCCAUGUUUGAAGUUGGAAACUUUCCUCCGCAUGACAAAGAUCCCGUACGAAAAUGAAUAUGGUUUUAACUUCUCCAAAAAAGGCAAAAUGCCGUGGAUUGAGUUCAACGGGCGCGACACAGCAGACUCUAAUUUUUGUAUUCGGUUCCUGACGAAAGAGUUCAAAAUUGACAUCGAUUCUCACUUGAAUUCCGAUGAAAAAGCCAUCGCGCACUCUGUUCGAACUAUGUUGGAGGAAAAUACCUACUGGUGAGUGAAUAUUUAGCUAUCAUUAUGUAUAACUAUUUUAUUUUGUGCGUAAUAACAAGUGUAUUCUAAAAAGUAUACUCGUAAUGAUACGCUUCGUCGGUUCGCAGAUGCCACUUUAUUGCUGUCGCGUCAGGAUCAAGUUUCAUCGUUUCAUUAUUCAGUUCAAGGUCUUUAUUGAUAAAUUGUGUGUGACUUUUUCGAAAACUAACCUGGUCAUUCGCAAUAAAAAUGUUGCUCGAGGUUUUUUCUCCAGCCUGAGGUCGCACAAGUACGGCUUUAGCUAUUGUGUGACUAUGUACGGCUGAGGGACAAACAAACGAUCUUUCUUCGAACAUUUUCUGCUUUAUUUACAGGGCCCUUGUGUACUACCGAGUCUUUUCUCCCAGCUUUGCUGAGAAAUUUCGCGAGAUACUGUUUGGUAAUCUCAUCAUGCCGAUCAAGUAUCUUUUAUACUAUAUGUUCCAGCGAAGGGUCAAGAAGGAUUUAUGGUCGCACGGAAUGGGUCGACACUCGGAGCAGGAGCUCUAUGGAAUAGCGGAAAGGGAUCUUCUUGCAGUGUCAGAAAUUUUGGGGCAGAAGAAGUUUCUGUUUGGUGAAAAGCCUUGCCUUGCUGACGCUGCAGUGUUCGCUUUCGUCUGUGGAGCAACUUGGGAGUGUCCACAAAGUCCUUUUACCGAGCUCACGGCCAAGACGAAAGCUCAGAAUCUUCAGAGACACGCUCAGCGAAUGAAGGAGCUGUAUUUUCCAGACUGGGAUGAUAUCAUUUCAAAGAAACCUAAGUCUGCCUAAAACUAGAAGUUUCCGCAAUCUCACGACCUUCUUAGUUACGUUUUAUGAUAAAUUCCCAUGCCUUCUUCGCUUUGUUUUUCUGUUUUCAAUACCGCACAGAAACAGGACUGACAGUAAUCUUCAAUACCAACUUUGCUUUCAUUUCACAUUUCUAAGUUCCAAUCCCAUGAUUACCUAAGAGUUUCGAAAGAGUCUUUGUGAGCAGCAGUUUCAAUCAACGCCGGUUUCUGGAGGUUUAAACCCACUUGCAAGUUGUGACGAUAGGUUUUUUUCGAACUUACUGGACUUUUGCGGGAAAGCAGCAAUAACGGGGAAAAGAGCUCAGUAGAGACCAUUUGGUAGCGAGAACGGAAACUCGUCACGAUUUCCUGACCUCCUUCAAGUGAGCUUGCUACGAACGUCAAGGAUCAGACAGCGUUUGGUUCCACAGGAAUUUUAUUUUAGUUCAUGCCGACAGUUGACAUCACCUUUAGCAAACUCAAUUAUGUAAUCGAAAAAGCUUACUUGCUUAUGUAUCAGCGAGUUACAAUAGAGUGGAAAAUGUAUCUUUGUAGUUAAGCGAUUUUAUUAAAAUAUUCCAUCUGUUCGGAAAGAAUUUCAAAAGUAAGAUAGCGGAUAAAAUAGACUCUACGCCAUUUAAAAAGAACAAACUUACGUCAAAAUUCACAGCUCUGUAGUUAAAAACACCCAGCCUAGUUGCGGAUGAGCAGCUUAGGAAAUAUAAGUGAGCAGUAAUAAUAAUUUCUGCUUGUUUAUGCAAUGUUGGUGUUAAAUUCGGAAAAUUAAUCCUGCAUGAAAGGAAAGCGAACUUACGUGCACAAACUCAGCUAUCAACUUCCAUAAGAACCAAUUUUCAGAAAGAUCAUUAGCACUUAUAUUUAUAUUUCCGGAAAGAGCAUUAACGCUUAUAUUGAAAUGCAAUUUCAACAGUAAUGGUCAUUAAAGCACCGAUAUACGGGUGAAUAAUGACAGGCAUGUAACAAGCGAAAUGUAAUAAUUGGAAAUUCAAAAGCUGCUAUGGCUUUUUCUAUACUUUUUGAAAUGCUAGAGCAAAGAUUUCGAAUAAAUCGGAAAUGAAAAGUUUAUGUGUAAACCCCGGUUUUUGGAGGUCUAAACUCGCUCGCAAGUAUUUGAUGUUGAGAUAUCAUUUAAAAAACGGCGCGAAAGUUUUGUAUAAAAUUAUAUUUGGCACGCAUCAAGAAACUGUAAACUUCUCAGCUUAUAAUCUCUUGCGCAUAUUUAUGCUGUUAAUUUCCUUCCCAGUCCCCGGCCGGUCAAUUGGUCAGUGCACAAACUCUUUUCUAAGCAGGUCCUCCUUUUGUCACAAUUUUGGCAUUGUCAAGAGCUGUUCAUUUUGAUCCCUCUGCAUUUUAUACCACAGUGCUUUUUUUACUGCAAUACUCUACAACUAUACAACAGGGACUGCCUUCUAUUUGAAUAAAAGAUGUUUCUGUAGUUUUUCUCUAUAUUUCGUAUACCUCGCACCAAGAGUCUCAUGCCUGGUAUGCGUAUUGGUAACACUCAUCUGAUAAGAUGCUGUGGCGAGCAAUUCAAGAAUGAAAGCAUAGUGAAACCACCGCUAUUAGUGAAAGAGGGCCGAAUUCGGCGAAGUUGGCUGACUAAAAUGGUAAUUUCGCAGUACUUAGAGUAUGCUUUGUUUAAAUAAUGAAACAGAAUUUCCUUCCGAAGGGUUAAACGAACUUUUUUUGUCAUACUUUGGGAAAAUUGAACUGGAAGUAGUUGUAGACGCCAUUGAUAAAUUGUGUGUGACUUUUUCCACCGCCAUGAAUUGUUCCUAACCUCUUUCCUACUCCUUCCAGAUCAGCGGGGGAAGGGGAGGGAGGGGGUUAUUACGACCCAGGGUGUUUGGCUUGUCAGGUAAAUCUCAAACUCUUGAACAGGGUUUCUCUUUAACCCUUUGACCGCUAAGGGAGACUAGCAUUUAACUUCUCCUACAACAUCACACCUGAAUAAAACAUUCAGGUUACAAGAAUGCAAUCUUGAUUGUUUAACAAAUUCUCCUUGUCAGUACCCCAGAUAAUGGUCACACUUAAGCAUGAUCACUAAGGUUGUAGACUUUUACUUUCAAAACCUGCAGCUGUAACUAACAGUCUAUAAUUUGACACGCGCAAAUUUAAAAGAGAACUUGCAGCUCGCGCAUGAAAAGAAAGAGGCAUGAACCCAAACAUGCCGGCACACAGUGAGUGCAUUACAACAAGGCCGUGACCAGACUUCAGAACAAGACGAGGCAAGUUUCGAACGAAUGGAAUCUUUGCCAUGCGAAGGGACGUUUCUACUUUUAAACAUGGCGGAGAGCCACUCAAAGAUAAGGGCGAGGAAAGAAACUGACGUGAGACAACUGUGCCAGGCUGUGCCAAGAUGCGUGUGAGAAUAAAUGCAAAUGAGCCUCUCACAUGGAAUUAAAUAAUGAAAUUAGUAACGCUUUUAGAAAACUUUCCUUCACUUCAGUUAGUUUAGUAUUCUGUUUUUGUUUCUGUUUGUCUUUUCUUUAUCCUUUAUAUACAGAUGUAUGAAUUCUGCUCAACAAGAAAAUUGAGCUGCUAGUGUUUUAAUUAAUUUCUUUUUUUUUUGUAAAUCUGAUUUGCAAUAAAGAAGGUCAAAGAAGUGUGAAGGAAUUUAUUGGCGAGCCAUCACUGCCAGUUCCAGUGCUCAAAAGGCUUAUCAUAAUGUAAAAUACUUACAUUAAUUCUUCUUUCCUAUUUGCACUGAUAAUAUUAUGAAAUGCAACAGAUGCAAAAACAAACAAUCAAACAUGCGAAAAUUGGGGAAUUUGUCUGAAAAUUAAAUGAUUUUCUUUCUUCAGUUACUUUGCCUGUAACAAUGUGAGGGAAUACCGUUUUGCAAUGCAAAGAGGCUUCUGGAUUGUAAGUGAAACUUGUUUCUACUUUCUUCGAGAGCUAGCUGGAAAUCUGAAACACAUUGCAAAAGAAUCGAGAUGUUCACGAUUUCAGUACUGUUAAGCUUAAAGUAAAUGUCACGCUACAGUGGACUGAUAUCUGAACUGAUGCCGAACUAAUGAUUAUGCGAAUUGACCUUUGAUGCCACGCUUACCUCGAUGCGACCAUGACUUAGCAUAUUUACAAUCUCGCUUGCGUGACAAACACGCAACGGAGUGCUUUCAAUCAAUUCCCGCCUACAUCUUGCACAUACGGAAAAGAUGCAGGUGUCACAGUACUUCGGUAUCGCUGCAGUCGUCGUCCUCUUCGUUUAUAUCAUCGCCAAGAUAUUUCAAGGAAAAGAAAAGAAGCGAUCUGCAAGGCCUGGAACGGUAGUUCUACACCAGUUUCCUCCUUCCGAGCUCUGUGUUUCGGGUUCUCCGCCAUGUUUGAAGUUGGAAACUUUCCUCCGCAUGACAAAGAUCCCGUACGAAAAUGAAUACAGUUUUAAAUUCUCCAAAAAAGGCAAAAUGCCGUGGAUUGAGUUCAACGGGCGCGACACAGCAGACUCUAAUUUUUGUAUUCGGUUCCUGACGAAAGAGUUCAAAAUUGACAUCGAUUCUCACUUGAAUUCCGAUGAAAAAGCUAUCGCGCACUCUGUUCGAACUAUGUUGGAGGAAAAUACCUACUGGUGAGUGAAUAUUUAGCCAUCACUAUGUAUAGCUAUUUUAUUUCGUGCGUAAUAACAAGUGUAUUCUAAAAAGUAUUCACGUAAUGAUACGCUUCGUCGGUUCGCAGAUGCCACUUUAUUGCUGUCGCGUCAGAUCAAGUUUAAUCUUUUCAUCAUUCAGUUCAAGGUCUUUAUUAAUAAACUGUGUGUGACUUUUUCGAAAACUAACCUGGUCAUUCUCAAUAACAAUAUUGCUCGAGGUUUUUUCUCCAGCCCGCACUAGUACGGCUUUAGCUAUUGUGUGACUAUGUACGGCUGAGGGACAAACAAACGAUCUUUCUUCGAACAUUUUCUGCUUUAUUUACAGGGCCCUUGUGCACUAUCGAUUCUUUACUCCCAGCUAUGCUGAGAAAGAUCGCGAGAUAUUGUUUGGUCAUCUUAUCAUGCCGAUCAAGUAUCUUUUAUACUAUAUGAUCCAGCGAAGGGUCAAGAAGGAUUUAUGGUCGCACGGAAUGGGUCGACACUCGGAGCAGGAGCUCUAUGAAAUAGCGGAAAGGGAUCUUCUUGCUGUGUCAGAAAUUUUGGGGCAGAAGAAGUUCCUGUUUGGUGAAAAGCCUUGCCUUGCUGACGCUGCAGUAUUCGCUUUUGUCUGUGGAGCAACCUGGGAUUGUCCACAAAGUCCUUUUGCCGAGCUUACGGCCAAGACGAAAGCUCAGAAUCUUCAGAGACACGCUCAGCGAAUGAAGGAGCUGUAUUUUCCAGACUGGGAUGAUAUCAUUUCCAAUAAACCUAAGUCUGCCUAAAGCUAGAAGUUUCCGUAAUCUCACGACCUUCUUAGUUACGUUUAUGAUACAUUCUUAUGCCUUCUUCGCUUUGUUUUUCUGUUUUCGAUACCGUACAGAAACAAUAUUGAGAGUAAUCUUGAAUACUUACCUACUACUGCAUUCGUCUCUUUUUGCAUUCAUUCUUACAUUUCUAAGUUCCAAUCCAUUACCUAAGAGUUUCGAAAGAGUCUCUAUGAGCAGCAGUUUCAAUUAAUGCCGAUUUCUGGAGGUUUAAACCAGCUUGCAAGUUGUGACGAUAGGUUUUUUCGAACUUACUGGACUUUUGCGGGGAACGCAACAAUAACGUGGGAAAAGAGCUCAGUAGAGACCACUUGGUAGCGAGAACGGAAACUCGUCACGAUUUCCUGCUACACGGCGACCUCCUUCAAGUGAGCUUGCUACGAACGUCAAGGAUCAGACAGCGUUUGGUUCCACAGUAAUUUUAUUUUAGUUCAUACCGACAUUUGACAUCACCUUUAGCAAACUCAAUUCUGUAAUCGAAAAAGCUUACUUGCUUAUGUAUCAGCGGGUGCGAGGUUCUAUUAUCACACAAAGUGCAAUAUUUGAAUAAGGUUACAAUUAAGUGGAAAAAGUAUCUUUGUAGUUAAGCGAUUUUAUUUAAAUAUUCUAUCUGUUCGGAAAGAAUUUCAAAAGUAAGAGAGCGGAUACAAUAGACUCUACGCCAUUUAACUGAAAGAGAACAAACUUACGUCAAAAUUCACAGCUCAGAAGUUAAAACACCCAUCCUAGUUGCGGAUGAGCAGCUUAGGAAACAAAAGUGAGCAGUAAUAAUAAUUUCUGCUCAUCAAUGCGAUGUUGGUGUUGAGUUCGGAAAAUAAUUCUGCAUGAAAGGAAUGCGAACUUACGUCCACAAACUCCACUAACAACUUCCAUAAGAACCAAUUUUCAGAAAGAUCAUUAGCACUUAUAUUUAUAUUAUAGUGACAUGAUCAGGUACUGUCUUAGUUGCGUGAUGAUAGCGUGAAGUGUAACGAAUUCGCUCCUUUCGUUACUUCAUGUUCUUUCACGGUAUUAAAAAGUCCAUAUCUAGUGUCUCCACUGAAGAAG